GCAGAAGAGAGAGAGCGAGUAGGAGAGAGAGAGUGCAGGAGAGAGAGAGAGCGACUAGGAGAGUGUGCAGUAGAGAGAGAGCAAGAGAGAGAACGAGUAGGAGAGAGAGAGAGAGUGCAGUGAAGAGAGCAGGGGGUGGAAAGGAGAACUGUGAUGCAGACAGCAAAUCACAUGAGCAGAGAUCUGUUUACAAACUGAGCAGGAGCUGCUCUCGCCACCAUUAUGAAAAACCUCCACUGAGGCAGAGCAAACCCAGCUGGGACUUCAGCUGCUGGAGGUGGGUGAACAAUCUCAGUCUUUUUUUUUUUUUUUUUCUCACCCCCCCACCACCCCCCUUGAUUUUUGGAAUAAAAGGACCAGAUGGUGGUUACAGAAAAAAAGGAAAGGGAAAAAAAAAAAAGCAAAACAAGGAAAUGCCAGUCGGGGCUUGAGGGUCGUCCUCAGUGGAACACGACUACAACUGCGUGGCAUCUAGUCUUCCCGUCUUUUGUCUCAGUUUUGGGAGAAUAACGCAAAAAAAAAAAAAGGAAUAAUAUUCGUGACGACAGGUAUCAGACGGAGGAAAAAAGCAAGAGGAGCUGGGAGCGACAGAACGAGGAGGAGGAGGGUGAGGCUUGUGAAAUUUGUUUUGAGGGAGGACAAAGCAGUGUGUGUUUGGAACACUGUGCUUGUUGGGAAUAAUGGAAUUCUGACAGUUUUUUCUUUAUUUUUUUUUUGCUGUGUUCGUGUCUUUUGGGAUUGUGACAAUUUCUCUCUCUCUCUGUUGCGAAUGACAACGGGAAAAUAUUUUACCUCUCUGUGCAAAUUCUCCCUGUGGAUUGUGAAUCUUUAGUGAAUUUAUCUGUACAAUUCUGCGAAAACCAUUUUUUCUGUGAAAGCCAUCUGAUAUUUUACUGACAAAUCACAUUUUGCUCUCUGGUUCUGUCUGGUAAACAACAGGCUGGAAACAGCAGCCUCUCUCUCCUCGAUCUCUUGUCUCGUUUGAAAGUCCUGUGGCUAAACUGGACAUCUGCUGCCAAAGAGCGGGGAUUUGGGGGGGAACAAAAAGAGAGAAAUUAUUCAUUUAUGACUCAGCUGACCACAGGAGCUGAGGAACAUGUGAACGGCCUUGUCCGACAUUUCGUGGAAAACGCUGGUACACACCCGAGUUCAGAGACGAGGUCGCAAAGCCCGGAACGCCGCUGAUCGGAACGCCGCUGUUCGGAACGCCACUGAUCGGAACGCCGCCGCUCGGAACGCCGCUGUUCGGAACGCCGCUGCCCGGAACGUCGCAGCUCGGAGCCGGGAGGAUUUUCCGCUUGGCGCGGUCACCCGUCGGGGACGGAGCCCGGAGCGCAGCGGUCGGCCGGGGCCGAGGUCCAGCCCGGACACCUGGACCCCGGGCAUCGCCCCGCUGAGUGCGCCGAGGCUGCUGGGAGAUUUCAUGCACCCAUUCCAGUGGUGUAACGGUUGCCUGUGUGGCCUGGGGUUGCAGAGUACAGAAAAGUCCUGCAAGAUGACGUCGGAAAACAUCUACCACCUUCCGCUCAACGCGUAUGUCAUCGUGCUGGGCGUCGGCCUCUUCAUCUUUAUGCUGAGCAUGAUAUUUUGCUGCUACCUGUUCAGGUUAAGACGACAGGGGACAAGGGAGCAAUACGGCUACAAUGAGGUCGUGCUGAAAGGAGCGGGGAAGAAACUGAGUCUUCUUGGACAGACCUGCGCGGUGUGCCUGGAGGAGUUUCGGACCAGAGACGAGCUCGGCGUGUGUCCGUGCUCUCACGCAUUUCACAAGAAGUGCCUGGUGAAAUGGCUGGAGAUUCGGAGCGUGUGCCCCAUGUGCAACAAGCCCAUCUGCAGGGUGCAGGCCGACGCCCCCCAGGGUGCCGAGGGCCCCCAGGACCCCGAGGAGGUGUGAGGGCGGGGCCGCCAACACGACACGACCCCCAACCCCCGGCCCCCCACCCCCACCCCCACCCCGAACAGCUUCCAGAGGAUUCCGCUUAGCCGACGCAUGAAACACGAAGACCGCGGAGCCACGCGGCCUCGCUUUGACCUUUGACCUUGCUUCUCAAAGACUCAGCCUGGGGGGGGCUGGGGGCUGGGGUGGGGAACCCGUUGAAACCCGCUGAAAUGCGCUGGGUUCAGCCAAGCGAUUGAGACUGGGGAUCUUUCUUCUUGCAUGGGGACUCUCUUGCACUCCUGUUCAAAAGAGACUGACGACGGCGGGGGUCACGCUCUGCCUGGGCAUGACCUUGGGCCUGACCUUGGGCCUGACCUUGCCCGGUGCCAAUCAAUGGGGAGGGUGUAAAUGUGAAGUAAACUGGCUUCAGUAUCCCCCUGUCACUUAAUAAGUUAAUGGAAAUAGAUUCAGUUACCUCUUUAUAGUUAAUUUUUGUAUUGUCAUCUAAUUUCAAAUAAAUUGUACUGUUUUGGUGGAA